AAAAGCGAACUCAUGAGUGUCCACAUGUCAGAUGUGCUUUUCACACGAACAGUCGCAAAGAAUUUAGAAAACACUGGAAAACGCACAAGAAACCAUUUAUUUACGAAUGUAGAGAACCCAAUUGUAGAAAACAGUACAAUCAAAGCUCAUCAUUUUACUCUCACAAGGAAAAACAUCAACCUAAACCUCAAUGCGAAAAUUGCAACAGAUCCUUCAGCUGCAAGGGCAGCUUGA